AUGGCGGAUAUUAAGAAACUUGACGUCCAGCAUGUUGAACCAGUAGAUGAGCAUGGGAAACCUGCCAUCCUCGCUGCCUCGUCCCUGGCUGCUCGUUUUGAGCAUCGCCAGCACUCGCUCUCUAAACUCGAAGCCAUCAAGGAAAACAAGCUUCCUCUAGCAUGGUGUAUGUACAUGUUCUUUAUCUGCGUCGCCUGGGGCUUCGACGGAUUGGCAGGCGGUGUGGUCGUCUCGAUCGCAGAGUUUAGAAAGGACUACGGCAAGCCGUACGGAGGAGACUACGUUGUUGACGCAAACUGGCAACUCGGAUUCCAGGCCGGAACUCUCUUCGCUAUGGUGUUUGGAGGCUGGAUGGCCGGCCUGUUUAUCGACCGAGUCGGUCGCCAGCCCGUCAUCGGAGCGGCUUUCAUCAUUUCCAUAGGGGGUGUUUUUCUUCAGGUGUUCAGCAAAAACAUUGGCCAAUUUCUCGGAGGAAAGGUUUUGACUGGUAUUGAUGCUGACAUUUUGAAGCCUCUUGGUGUCUUCACCACCGCUGCACCUCCAUACGGAUCUGAGAUGGCCCCUCUGGCCAUUCGUGGCUCUAUCUCGGCUGGAAUGAAUUUCGCUAUCGUGCUCGGCCAACUCAUCGGAUACGGUGUCAUGCGACAAGCAAGUUUCUAUGGCGAUUCCAGGGCUUACAAGGUUCUUUUCGCCACCCAGUGGGGAUUUGCCGCGGUGGGGAUUGCCAUCCUACCUUUCUUUCCAGAGUAUGUAGCUACGCUCUUCAUCGUCUCGUUAUCGAUUAUGCAAGUACUUACGAAAGAAUGUCUUAGGUCACCAUACUGGCUCGUUGCCAAUGGGAAACCUGAAAAGGCGAGAAAGAAUCUUGAGAAGCUUCACGAUGCCGACUAUGACUUCGACGGACACAUGGCAGAGAUCACUGACUCUCUGACACUUCAAAGGCAACAGAACGAUUCCCAGGGGGGGAUGUUGGACUGUUUCAAAAAGGAUGCCUGGAAGAGAACGUUGGUCGCAACCAGCAUGUUCUUUAUUCAAAACUGCUGUGGCUCAGCAUGGGUUAUCGGAUACAUGAGUUAUUAUUUCCAACUUGCGGGCAUGGAAACUUCCAAAUCGUUCGACACAACCGUCGGUCUUUGUGGGAUGAUGGUUGUGGGGAACAUCUGCAGUUGGUGGUUCAUUGACUGGUUUGGAAGACGGUCAACGGCCUUGUACGGAUGCAUUGCCCUCUGCAUCACACUGUUUCUCAUUGGAAUUCUUUCCGUGAUAAAGGCUUCCGGAGCGGUCUGGGGUCAAGUUGUGUUCAUGGCUGUUUGGUCUUUCGUUUACCAAGCUACCGUCGGUGCUGUUGCAUGGCCAAUUGCAACUGAGGCUGCUACCUCCAGACUGCGAGGCCCAACACAAGCUCUGGCCACUAUGGUCAAUGGACUCUCCUCAUCAAUCUGGAGUAUGUCUCUUCCGUAUGCCAUCAACCCUGACCAAGGAAAUCUCGGGGGCAAGAUUGCAUUCAUCUUCGGUAGCACGCUUGCGAUUUCUGCCGUCUUCAUUUUCUUCAUGAUACCUGAGACCAAAGGGCGGACAUAUAUUGAGAUUGAUGAGCUGUGGGCACGGGGAAUACCACCACGAAAGUUCAAGGAAACUGAGCUUGUCACGGUUCCCGUGGAGGAGUUGAAGUCUGUUGAGUAG